AUGCCUUCUAUCAACGCUCUUCUCACAGCCUCUCUGGCUUUUGCUUCCAUUGCCCUCGGCGCCCCUGCUGCCCAGGACAAGAAGUUCACCGUUGAGCAAGUCAAGAACCCCAAGUUCAUCAAGAAUGGUCCUCUCGCUCUCGCCCACGUCUAUGCCAAGUAUGGCGUUCCUCUCCCCAAGGGUCUCGAGAAGGCUGUCAAGGCCGUGAGACCUCCUCACGCUCACUCCAAGCGUCAGAGUGGCAGUGGCAGUGCCACCACUACACCCUCUGACGAGGAUGUCGAGUGGUUGACACCCGUCCAAAUCGGUACUCCUGCCCAGACUUUCAACUUGGACUUCGAUACUGGUUCUUCUGAUCUCUGGGUCUUCAGCACUGAGACCACCGGCAGCAGUGGCCAUGAUGAGUACAACCCUGCCAAGAGCAGCACAGCUAAGAAGCUCUCUGGCGCUACAUGGAAGAUCAGCUAUGGCGACGGAAGCUCCUCCUCUGGAGAUGUCUACAAGGACAAGGUCUCCGUCGGUGGCCUCGUUGUUAGCUCCCAGGCCGUUGAGGCCGCCCAGAAGGUCUCUAGCGAGUUCGAGCAAGAGACUGGUCUUGAUGGUCUUCUCGGUCUCGGUUUCAGCUCCAUCAACACCGUUAAGCCUACCCAGCAGAAGACCUUCUUUGACAAUGCUGCCAGCACCCUGAGCUCUCCCGUCUUCACCGCUGAUCUGAAGCACCAGAAGCCUGGAAAGUACAACUUUGGCUUCAUCGAUAGCACAGCUUAUACUGGCAAGAUUGGAUACGCUUCUGUCGACUCCUCCGAGGGUUUCUGGGAGUUUACUUCUACUGGCUAUGGCAUCGGUUCUGCCGCAGUCAACCGAAGCCCCAUUACUGGUAUUGCUGAUACCGGCACUACUCUUCUCCUCCUCCCCGACGAUGUCAACUCCGCAUACUAUGCCAAGGUCAGCGGUGCUCGAUACAGCUCCAGCUAUGGCGGCUAUGUCUUCAGCUGCUCUGCUACCCUCCCCAGCUUCAGCUUCGUGGUUGGCGGUGUUACCAUCACCAUCCCUGGCUCUUACAUCAACUAUGCCCCUGUUCAGGAUGGCUCUACUACCUGCCUUGGUGGUAUCCAGCCCAGCGACGAUAUUGGCAUCAACAUCUUUGGUGACAUUGCUCUCAAGGCUGCUUUCGUCGUCUUUGAUGGCGGUAACCAGCAGGUUGGCUGGGCCAAGAAGACACUCCUUUCACUUGUCAAUAGUUGA